GAUAUCAAACCAGCGGAAACCACAAAACAUGAGAGAAUACUUCAUGUAAUUAGUAUUGUUGGAUGUGCGCUCUCAUUGGUCGGACUGACCUUGACAAUAAUAACGAUACUAAUAAUAAGGUAAAUAAAAAAUGUUUAGUAUAUACAAGAGUUGGCAAAAGAAGAGCCCUCCCUUACACAAAGUGGAAAGAGACAAAGAAGUGUCAUAAUUUUUUUAGUCUUGAAUACCACUCUUUUUUAUUUCAUUAAUAGAGAGAGCUUUGCCACAUAUAUACCGCCAUCAGUUCUUGAUGUUUCAACGCAAUUAUCCUCAUGCAGGUUUUUUCAAAAUUAUGGAAAUCCUCUUUUAUGUGGGAGCUCUUUUUUGCCAACCCCCUUGUAUAUAUAUAAAUGAUGAUGUUAGAAAUGACAAAACAUUUCGACCAAACUAAAUUUGUAUAAUUUGCAGGCAUUCAUAGCCAGAAGUCCUAAGAAACUUUUUCUAAACAGCAAGCUAUGUGAUAUUUCUAAACAUACAUCAAAAGAUCAAUUUGUCAACAUAUUGCUGCUUUUUCUCUGCUGACAUAACAGCUAUACAACAUUGGACAUAAGUGGUUGAGACUAUACCAGAAAGUUGACGUUACUAUAGGGGCGAACUUCAUUGUUGCUAAUGUAAAACUUCCUCUACCAAUUAAUGAGAAUGUGAGGUUGUUAUACGUUGUGCUGUAAAAUAAGUAGCUACCUUGACGCCAUGUUCGAACACGAUUCCGGGAAACAUUGUGAAUUUAAUUUUACAGCACAACGUAAACAACCUCACAUUCUCAUUUGGUAGAUGAAGUUUUACAUUAGCAACAAUGAAGUUCGCCCCUAUAGUAACGUCAACUUUUAUCCAAUAAACAUCAAAUUUGAAACAAUGAGCAAAUGUUUAGUUUAUGCACGCCUCACGGUCAGUUGCAAAUGGCUGUAUGUGCUGGGGAAACGGAACAGAUGGUAAAUUGGGGCGAGCGAAGCGCCUCCCGAAAGAAAUUUUAGUGGCAGAACUUAUUAUUGUACUUUUACAUUUUAGAGAACUUCGUAGUACACUUCCAACGAAGAUUUUGUUGAACUACUGCAUCGCAUUGUCAUUAACGUUAAUCGUGUUUUUGGCCACGCCUGAGGGAUCAAAGUCGUCAUCAUUAGCCCGCUGUAGGACAGCGGCAGUCGCCUUGCAUUACUUCUUGUUAGCAGCGUUUUUGUGGAUGGCGGUAGAAGCGCUCAGUUUGUAUCUGGCAAUAAUCAAAUCUCGUAAAAUUGAUUUGUAUCCUUGCACGUUUUUGUUGAAAUGCUGUGUAUUUGCUUGGGGUAAGACACAAAAUUUCGGAUAAAUGCAUGUUUUCUUUAACUAAACGAAGCUAUAAUAGACAUUUAGACAUAAUCUUGACACCUGUUUUGCUGAAAUAACAAUAGAUUAUUAUUUACUAAAACUAACAAAAAUUGAAAGAAAAAACACUAAGAUAAAUGUAGAUUUCAAUAUCUGCUACAGAAAUGUAACAAUACGAAAUUCCUGGACAUGACACUGGCGUCACCCACUUUUUCAAAAACUGUAUUGCUAUUUAAGGGAACAUUCAUUAUUUAUGACCGGGCGUGGGCUGGCAAAAUUCGAUUAACAACUAAACAAAAUGUCCUGCCCCCCCCCACCUGCAUUACUAUGUUUAAACUACCUAGUAUACGCUAGUGUAUAUAGUAUACGCCAAACUCGCUCUGGGCGUAAUGUUGCUACAUCGCUUACUCGUUAUCGUGACUGUCUUUUUUAUUAAAAUCAAAAUGUACAUCUGGGAAACAUGACAUAAAUUUAUGGCAAAGUUAUUGUUUUAUCGAUUUUUUCAAAUUAGCUGCGCGCAUUGCAUUUUGUGUAUUUUCGCAUUGCAUUUUGGGUCUAUCUUUUGACUGAAAAUUGAGCAUUUCGCCAGCUACAUGCAUGAAUUAAAUUUGCUGCCUUGCUCGCUCCCUGCUGUAGCAAUAAUCGUUACAUGCAAUAUAUAAAUAAUGAAUGGUCCCUAAGAAAGCUUAUUAUUUUGGUCGUAAAUAAUGAAUGGUCCCUAAGAAAGCUGAUUAUUUUGGAUUCAAAACUCGUCCCUAUAUUUUCACGAUUACUGAACGAAAUCAUUCGGAUAUAUAGUUGGAACAAGUAGAUCUUCAAAAAGUUGUUUAAAGUUCUUUACCAUAGACCAAUUGCGAAACUUAGUGACCGCGCCUUAAACUGCACGAAAACGAGGCUUAUUAUGCAAAAACAAAUCAUUCUGCUAUAUUUUUAUAUGGGGAAAAAUAAAUUUCAGUGUUUGAGACGCGUUUUUAUGGUAAUCUCUUCAUUUUUUCAAUAUUUCUGUUUUGACUAUGUAAAUCUUUAUUAAACUUGUUCAUAGAUUUAGUCUUACUUCAAAUUUCACUGUUUUUCGCGGCGUGCGAGGCAAAGUUUUGCUGUUUUUCGCCGUCCGAAAAAAGAAGCAGAUUAUACCAGAGAAAGAAUCAGGUAUUUUCCGUCUGUUUUAUUAAUAUAUUUCAAAGAAUAAGUUGUAACAUUGAUUAAUUUUGUUUCAGUUGUAAUAUAAUAGCAAGUUUUCGAUUUUAACUUUAAAAAUAUGAAAGUAAAUGUCGGGCAAAAUUUGUAGAAAUUUUAUGUUAUUACCCUUUGACAAAAUCGUUUUUUUCUCGCACGAAGUCUAAAAAAUCUGGGUAGAAAGAGUUAUAUUUUAGUUUGUUAAGUUAUACUGGCUAUUUUAUUUGCAUCUUGAUCUGAUUUUAAAGUCUAGAUUGAUCUUUUCCAUAUGUUUGUUCCAUCGCAUGCUAAAACAACAACGAAAUAUCUUUCCAAAGCGGGUAAACUGAAUAUAGUGGGAAAUCGAUGUUUAGAUAAAUUUAACAAAUAUUUAUAUAAUCUAGUACGAAAUAUUAAGAAAAGAUCAAAGAGAUUCAGGAAAAAACACUUUAAAAAACCUAAAAUUCACUUUUCGCUAUAUUUCGUUUUGUUCAAAAGCUUGUUUUGUGUUUGGCGAGCCAUUGUCACUUUGUCAAACUAAAUAAAGUUUACUAAUAAGUAAAAUAAGUUAGAAAUAAAAUAAAAGACAGUCAGAAGCCAGUAGAAACGUUCAUGUUUUAUGACGUCACGGUGAAGGAAUGCAGCGUAGAACUUGUAUGUUAUUUUAAAUAACAUACAAGUUCUACGCUGCAUUCCUUCACCGUGACGUCAUAAAACAUGAACGUUUCUACUGGCUUCUGACUGUCUUUUCAACUUCCGGAAAAGACACUCUACUGAUUUCGGUAAUAUAAAAAUAUAGAAAUUGAUUUGUUUUUGUAUAAUAAGCCUCGUUCUUGUGCAGUAUGAAGGCGCGGCCACUAAGACCCCGUUUACACGGUACCGGACGAAUUUGUGACCGGACGAAAAUUCGUCCGUUUCGGCCGUGUAAACACACGAGGACCACGGAACCGGACGAAUUUGAGACCCCCUAACAGGACGAAUUCGCGUCUAAACAGGCGAAAAAGGACGAAUUUUCGUCCGGUCCCAAAUUCGUCCGAUACCGUGUAAACGGGGUCUAAGUUUCGCAAUUGGUCUAUAGCCUAAGGUCCAUAAAGGAAUGCUUCUCAUCUCUUUUUGAUUUAUACGUAUUUUAGGUACACCUGCGGUAAUCGUAGCUAUAACAAUGAUAGUGGCUCUGGACAAAUAUGGCGACGAGAGAUUGUAAGUAGAGUUUUGGUUUAGUCUUUAGUUCUGUAUAAUGAAGCCUCUAUACAGCCAGUUACGGACGAGGGACACGUUUUCUAUGACAAGUUUUCAUGUGACAAGUUUUAUUUGCUCCUCUGUAAAGGCAACUUUGCCAUGUUUUACUAUGACAAGAGUAUACUUGCUGAAAACCUAGUAUGCUAGCUUCAAUAAGUGCAUAGAAUAACCAAACCUUUUCGAUAUAAUUACAUGAAUAUGUUCUUGGCCUGGGAGCUUCAUUUUCAUGAAUCGUGAGCCAAUCACAUUCGGGUCUUGAUUCAUGAGAACGAGGCUCCCAGGCCACUGAACGUAUUCAUGACGUAAUUAUCAAAAAGGUGUAUUGGGAAAGUGCAAAUUUUGUUCGUCUGUAUGGAUGCGUCAACAAAGAAAAUUUGGCAAAGUAAUUUGGGUACUUGCGUGCGGUUCGACAGCGAUGUUGUUCGUAGGGUUCUAUUCCCGCCCGGAGGGCGUGUACCGAUGUACCGUAUACGAAAUACAAAACAACGGCCGAAAAUGAACAUAAUAACAUUUCGAGUAUAUUUUACUAAUUUUAGUCAUUUUCAGGAAUAAUAUGAAUUCCUGAUGACGAUGUAUACGGCAGUCGAAAGCUAGAAUAUAAAAAAAUGAUCAGUUUCGGAGUUGCCGCGUUGUUUUGGCCCACAGUUGCAGUUUUCGUAACUUCUCCCAUUUAGGUGUGAAAUAUACGUUUACAAAACCUUUCCAUCUUCAAAAAGCUUGAAACUUGAUUAAAAUGUCUAUUUCUUUCAGUUGUCGACUGCAUGGCGUGCCAUUUUUUGUGGCAUUUGUCACUCCAGUUAUUUUAAUCCUCGUUGGAAAUAUCGUGGUUUUCUGCCUUGUUAUUCGGUCAUUACUUACUUCCGGUAAAAAAGUGACCUCCAGCCUCAAAGUAUCAAGCUUGCAGCAAGCUCGGCAAGGGAUUGCGAUCAUGGUACUGCUCGGGUUAACCUGGCUGUUUGGUUUUCUUGCAAUCGACGAUGCUAAACUAGCAUUUCAGUGGUUGUUUUGCAUUUUUAACUCACUUCAGGGAUUUUUGGUAUUCAUAUUAUUUUGCAUUUUGCCCGCUGGAACAAGAAAGCACCUGCGAAAACUUUGUAGCCAAAAGAGCAGUUAUCAAAUUCGGGAAGACCCAUCCACUGGCAGCACUGCCAUUGGGAAAAUGUAUUCAGUGAAUGAUCAAUGCUCUGCGUCGGGAGAUGAACUUAAAACAUUGGAUGAAGAAAGCAGUUGCUGA